AUGCCAAUUAAUUUAGGAUUACAAAGAAUAGCUAAACUAUUAGGACAUUUAAAUAAUCCUCAAAAUGCUUAUAAAUCCAUUCAUAUAGCAGGGACCAAUGGGAAAGGCUCAACAUUAGCUUAUAUCUCAUCAGUUUUAACUGAAGCUAAAAUCAAAAAUGGGAAAUUCACUUCACCUCAUAUCAUUAAUUAUCAUGAUUGUAUUAGUAUAAAUAAUCAAACAUAUCCAAAAUCAAAAUUUGAUAGAAUUAAUCAACAAGUCAUUAAAAUUAAUAAUGAUUUGAAUUUAGAAUGUACUGAAUUUGAAAUUUUGACAGCUACAGCAUUUAAGAUUUUUGCAUUGGAAGAAAUUGAAAUGGCAUUAGUUGAAGUUGGAGUUGGUGGGAGAUUAGAUGCUACCAAUGUUUUAAUACCAUAUGGUGAGACUAUCGGUACUAGUAAAGGAGGCGUGGUGGCAACUGCAAUAACCAAAAUUGGUCUCGAUCAUGAAAAAUUGUUAGGUGGGACAUUAUUAGCCAUUGCAAAAGAGAAAUCUGGGAUUAUAAAAUAUGGCAUUCCUUGUUUUGUUGAUUCACUGAAUGAUUCUAUUGUGUUACAAGCAAUUCGUGAAAAAUCACGGGAAGUAUCAUGUCCAUUAAGUGUUGUUGAACCAAUUCAGGCCAACGACGACAACCAAUUCAUUAAAUAUAGCCCAUUAAAAGGAUCAUAUCAAGCCAAUAAUCUAUCAUUGGCAGUGGAAAUAUUGAAAUCAUUACCUUAUAGAAUAUCGGAAGAAAUUUUGAUAAAUGGUAUAAGCAAAACUAAUUGGCCUGGUAGAUUACAAACUAUACAACACAAGAGUCUAGGCUCAAUAUUAUUGGAUGGUGCACACAAUGAAAGUGCCGCUAUUGAAUUGGGCAAAUAUUUAAAUACAAAAUAUCGUAAACAAGAACCAGAAGCAAAUAUGCUGGAAGGCAAUCAUACACCUAUAAUACUUGUCAUUGGUAUGACUAAAGGCAAAGCAAUUGGAAAUUUGUUAAAACACGUUAUGUCAGAAAACGAUAUUGUUAUACCUACAAUGUUCACUCAACCUGAAAAUAUGCCCUGGAUUAAUUCUGAACUGAUUUCCACUUUGACUUCAAUUGCCAAAGAUUAUUGUCGUGAUGUAAGAAAUAUUGGUGAUGAUGCACAUAUACAUCAAGUAUUUCAAUAUUUAAAAAACAAUAAAAACGACAAACUGUUAGAGAAUAAACCAAUAGUGGUUUGUGGAAGUUUAUAUUUGUGUGGUGAUGUGCUAAGAGAAAUAGCCAAUUGA